AUGCUUUUUAUAAAUUUAUCAAAAUGUGCUCAAAAAAGGAUAAACAAUUUCUUACAAUUUUCCAAAGAGAAUCAGAUUAACCAAAUCAUAAAAAACAAACAAUUUUCAAGUUUAAAUAUUUCUCAAAAAUGUAAUUUUAUAAAUCAUAUAUUAAAUAUUAAAAAACUAACAUUCACUACGCUCCAAAAUACAAAUGAAGAAAUAUGCAAAUCAAAAAAAAAAAAAAAUAAAAUAACUACCAAAUUAAUGGAUGUGAAAGAAGAAGAUAAUGAUGAUGUAUAUGCAAACAACGAGUGUAAUUAUAUUGAAAAAGAUAAUAAAAUAUUUAUACAUGUGAAAACAAAAAAAAACAAAAAUCAAAAAGAACAAGUAGAGAUCAACCAGAGAAAUCUAACAGAAGACCAAAAUAAUAUACCUCCAAUUUUAUCACAACAAAAUAUAAACAAUGAAGCAAAAAAAGAAUCAUAUAAAAUAUAUGAUAACAAUUAUUUUAACAAUCCAAUAUUGAAAUAUGAUCAAAAUUUUGAAAAAAAUAACUUUUUGAAAUUCUCAAAUUUUAAUAUUAUUAAUUCAUAUCCUCAAAAAAAUGACAACACACAACCUUCAAAAUGUGUGGAACAUCCAGAUACACAAACUAUUCAUUACAAAGUUGGAAAUCUUAAAAAUUAUGAAAACUGUUCUGAAUAUAAAUCAAAUUUUAUAAAAACUAUUCAACAUGAUGAUAAACAAAUUGGCAAUAUUUAUAACAUCAAAGAUCAAUCAACAAGUAGCCCAAUAAAAAAAAACAUAGAUGAUGAAAUAUUAAAAAGUGAAGCAUUAAUGGAAAUUUUAACUCACACAGAUGAUCAUAUUAUGCUUCGAAAUGAAAAACGAUUUUGCGAUUUUUUGUGGAUUACAGCAAAAUCAGGAAAAGGUGGUAACCCAAAUUAUAAAAAACAAAGAAGUAAAAAAUUAAAAGGAGAAGGAUAUGGUGGACAUGGAGGUAAUGUUAUAUUGAAAAGUAAAAAAAGUAUUUAUGAUUUAAUAAAAAUUGAACAAAAAAUAAAAGCAAAUGAUGGAGAAGAUUUUAAAGAAAAUAGUCGAGGAAAAGAUGGAAAAGAUAAAAUUAUUUUUGUUCCUGUAGGUACUAUAGUAAGAAAAAGAAUUUAUUGUCAAAAAAAAAAUCAAAAUAAUAGAAAAAUAUAUAAAAGUGUUUUUUGGUAUCAAUUUUUAAAUGAAAAUGAAGAAUUAUUAGUAGCUAGAGGAGGUAAAGGAGGUAUCUCUUAUUCACUUUUUAAAAAACAUGAUUUUAGGUUGCCUGAACUUAGUGAAAAAAUAUUAUUAGAAUUAGAAUUACGAUUAAUAAAUGAUGUAGCUUUUAUUGGUAUUGAAAAUAGUGGAAAAACAUCUCUUUGCAGUAGUUUGAGUAAAUAUUAUGGAAAUAUAAAUAGUGAUAUAUAUACAACUACUAUACCACAUGUUUCGAAUAUUAAUUAUAUUGAUGGAGUUCAAAUUACAUUAUUAGAUACACCAUAUUUAUUUUAUAAUGCCCAUAAAGAUAAAGCACGAGGAAAACGUAUUCUCAGACAUAUUUAUAGAAGCAAACUAAUUAUAUAUGUGGUAGACGUUUCUAAUGAUAAACUAAAAAAUGUUGACGACCAAAAUAUUGAAGAUUAUUAUUUGAAAAGCCUGAAAAAUGGAGAAAACCAAAAUAAGAGUGACAAAAUUGAUCCCCAUUGCAUAGAUGAUGAAAAUUUAAAAGAAUAUUACAACGAUACAAUAAAACAAAUAAAAAUGCUUCGAAAUGAAUUAUUUCUAUUUAAUCCUGACUAUUUAAAAAAAAAAGAAUUAGUAGUAGCAACAAAAUGUGAUAUGUUACAUAAAAAUACUUUACUUAAUCUAGAUUCGUUAUAUAUCCGUUUAAAACAUAUUUUUCCAGAUAUUGAAGUAAUUGGAACAUCAGCAAAAUUUGGAUUAGGUAUUAAAUUGUUAAGUAGAAAAAUACGAGAAUUAAUAUAUCCACAAUAUAUUUUACAAAAUAGUAAAUUAUAUUCUAAAAACAUUGAAGAUUAUGUUAUUCCGACAUCUGAUCAUAUUAAAGAAGGACGAAAAAAAUUACAAAAUUAUGAAUUACCUGACAAUAUUAAACAUAUAUAUGAUCAUAAUUAUUUGGAAAAUUUUGAUUAUUUUUUAAAAAAAAAUAAAAAAAAUAUUAAAAAUUCUCAAUCUACUCAUCUUAUUAUUACUCAAUCUGAUCAAAAAAAAAAUUUAUAA